UGAUUCUGUUCUUCUAUCCCCAUUCUUAUAUUCAAUUCAAGCAUUCUAUUCUUCUCACAGCCUGUCAAAAUGUCCCGCACUCCCCUUCGCCCCGGAGUUUACGCUCCCACUAUGACCUUCUUCAACCCAGACACCGAAGACCUCGACGUUCCCACCAUUCGUCGUCACGCCGUUCGCCUCGCCAAGGCCGGUCUCGUUGGUCUCGUCUGCAUGGGCUCCAACGGUGAAGCCGUGCACUUGACCCUGGCCGAGAAGAAGACCGUCAUCAGCGAAACCCGCUCCGCCUUGGUUGAUGCUGGAUUCUCCAACGUCCCCGUUAUCGCGGGUGCCAGCGAGCAGAGCAUCCGGGGUACGAUUGCCCUGUGCAAGGAGUCCGCGGAUGCCGGAGCCGAAUACGCCCUCAUUGUUCCCCCCAGCUACUACCGCUACGCCGUGGGCAACGACCAGACCAUCUACGAGUACUUCACCGCCGUUGCCGACGAGUCGCCCAUCCCCCUCAUCCUCUACAACUACCCUGGUGCCGUGGCCGGCAUCGACAUGGACUCCGACCUGAUCAUCCGCAUCUCCCAGCACCCCAACAUCAUCGGCACCAAGUUCACCUGCGCCAACACCGGCAAGCUUACCCGCGUCGCCUCGGCCCUGCACGCCAUCACUCCUGACUCCCCGUUGAACCCGGCCGCCCGGAAGUUCCCCAACACCAAGACUGAAGCCAACCACCCCUACGUCGCCUUCGGCGGUAUCGCUGAUUUUGCGCUGCAGACCCUCGCCUCGGGUGGCUCCGCCAUCCUGGCGGGUGGUGCCAAUGUCAUCCCCAAGCUGUGCGUGCAGAUCUUCACCCUCUGGAGCGAGGGCCGCUUCACGGAAGCGAUCGAGGCACAGGCGCUGUUGAGCAAGGCCGAUUGGGUGCUCACCAAGGCCGCUAUCCCCGGCACCAAGAGCGCUAUCCAGAGCUACUACGGCUACGGUGGUUUCCCCCGCAAGCCCUUGGCUCGUCUCAGUGAAGAGCAGGUUCAGGCUGUAGCAGAGGGCAUUAAGGAUGCGAUCGAGGUGGAGAAGACGUUGCCGGAUGUUGCCUAG